AGCGUAAAUAGUUUAGACAUGGCGCCGACUGCUGAGGUAAACUCCAAUUAUUGUUGACUUUUGUGGAAUUUUCAUUGUAUUGACAAAAUUUUGACAGUGUAAAGGAAUUUAAUUUUGAACAUAAGACUAUGGAGGACAAACAGCAAAGAAAUACUAUAAUAUUCAAUGCCUCAAAAAGUGAACUUUUCACUCCAAACAAUGGAUUGAAGUCGUUGAACAGGAAAUUAAGAUCACAAUGGAAAAUUAUGAACAAUAAAGAAGAAAUCACAUUAGAUAGAUUGUCCAAUGCCAGUAUAUUUGCCUUAUGUGGAUCAAGAGAAAAAUUUACUGGUGCAGAGUUUAGUGCCAUUAAAACAUACAUGGAAACUGGUGGAAGUUUGUUAGUUAUGUUGGGUGAAGGAGGAGAGUCCAGAUUUGAAACAAACCUUAAUUUUUUGUUGGAAGAAUAUGGUAUAUUUGUGAAUAAUGAUGCUGUUGUCAGGACUUCCUAUUACAAGUUCUUUCAUCCAAAAGAAGCUUUAAUAGCUAAUGGUGUAUUGAACAGAGCUGUUAGUCAAGCUGCUGGUAAAAGUUUUUCCAUGACAGAUGAUGAUUCAAAUAAUGCACAGGCACUUUCUUUCCUCUAUCCUUAUGGAGCCACAUUAAAUGUGAUGAAGCCUUCUGUUGCUGUGCUAUCUACAGGAAGUGUAUCUUUUCCACUUAACAGACCAGUUAGUGCAUUUUAUACUUCAAAGGGAAGAGGAAAGAUGGUUGUUCUUGGGUCAUCCCAUAUGUUCCAUGAUCAGUAUUUAGACAAAGAAGAAAAUUCAAGAAUAUUGGAUGUGGUAGUGCGGUUUUUAACAACAGAUGAUAUUAGGUUGAAUCCUAUAGAUGCUGAUGAUCCAGAGAUAUCAGAUUAUAGUCAGUUACCAGAUAUAGCUACAUUAGCAGCUAAGUUAAAAACAUGUCUACAGGAGAGUGAUGAAGUACCAAGGGACAUUACUGCAUUGUUUGAUAAUUCUUUAUUCAAAUUAGAUACAAGUUUAGUUCCUAAAUCUAUAAAAGCUUAUGAACAAUUACAUACCAAACAUGAACCAUUGACACUGAUUACACCUCAGUUUGAAACACCUCUACCACCACUUAACCCAGCAGUGUUUCCCCCCCAGUUUAGAGAAUUGCCACCGCCUUGUCUAGAUCUGUUUGACCUUGAUGAACAAUUUUCUUCUGAAAAAGUUAGAUUAGCCCAGCAAACAAAUAAAUGUACAGAUGAAGAUCUGGAAUAUUUCACCAGAGAAUGUGGAGAUAUAUUAGCUGUUACAACAAAGUUACCAGCAGAUGCCCGGGAUGCAAAGCAUAUAUUGGAAUAUGUGUUUGCACAAGUCGUUGAAUUCAAGAAAUUAAAUCAGGAACAAGAUUACGACACAGCUCAGUUUGGAGGUGGUGGUUAUGACAUGUGAAGAAAAACAAUUGUUUCUUACCUAUCUCAUUUUGCAAAAUCUUAUCUCAUGGAUAGUGUUCACCAGAGUGUUCUGGGAUUAAAAGAUGAUACAAAACAUGAUAUAUAUAAAGAUUAUAAACUUAUGGAGUCUACACAUUGUAAUUCUCCGUUGUUGUCUGUUAUAUUAUUCUUUAUAUGAAUCAGCUGUAGUACAGAUCGGACAUAUAGGUAAAUAAGAUGUGACAAAAUUACAGACAAAUAUAUGUAAAGUUAAAUGAGUGACAGGAAAGUAUUUCAUAUUCUUAUUCUGCCUUACAGAAGAAUCAUAUUUCUCUUAUUUUAUAUACAAAUGACAUUUGAAUGUUUUAUAUUUUGGGGUAAAGAUUGCAUUCAUGCAAUAAAACCCUUAUGGGCUGGCUUGAUGUUUAUCAAUUUUCCAGACUUUAUCACUACUUUUGAGGGGAAAAACAUAGUGCAUUUAAGCACAACAUUCUAUACACCCUAUCCAUGAACAUUUCAAGAAAUUUACCAAUGAGAUAUAUACUCAGAUAUUCUAGUUACAGAAUAAUGUUUUUGUGUAUAACCAUACUUGUUAAGAAAAUGACAUAAAUUGUGCAUGUUGCAUGGUCUAAUAUCAAUGAUGUCAUUGUUUAAGUAAUAUUUAAAAUUGGAGUUAUCUUCCUUUGUCAAUAAUUGUAUUUGAACCAACUGCAGAAGAUAUGUCCUAUUCAUAGUAUUGCCUUCCAAUGCUUAAUAAAAUGCAUUGUUUAAUUUUUAGUUCCUACUGCAAAAUGAAUGCAAUCUUUACCCUGAAUACUCAUAAGCACUUUUUUUCUAUGAUCCUCCAGUUUAAAUUACUGAUACAUAUAUUUGUCUAUUUCUGUCAUGACUUUAGAUGUCUUUACUGAAAACCAUUUUUGUGAAGGGGAUAUUUUUUAUUAAAUUACAAUAUUAAAAAGUUAUGAAAUGGUUAUAAAAAUAGAAUUCAAUAUCUAUUGAAUAUUCUGAUAUGAAAAUAUAAAUUAAUUGUAACUUAUGUUCUCCGUCCUAUUUCUGUAUAUUUACAUAUCAUAUGUUCAUAAAGUUGUAAAUUAUUGUUUUUAUAUAGAUCUGAUAUGUGAAUAAAAGUAAUUUAUUAAACCUC